AUGGCAGUCGACACUUUCAGCACCGCUCAUGCUGUUGAGGAGGCCGCUGAAGCCCAAGAUGCGUACAAUCUCUCACGGGAUUUCUACGAUGCGUACAAGAAGUAUGCUUUACUAGUGCAGCUGGCGAAUGCUCCAUGCGAACAACAAGACCUUGAUGUUCUGACGGCGCAAUUAAAGACCAUCGCUCACCAUGUCAUGCAGCUCAAGCUGUUCUCACCAAACGAAGCGCUCGACGACAUCAGCACAACUGACCUGAAGUACAUGCUUGUUCCCUUCUUGCUUGGGGAAGUUGCUGCAGCUUCUCGAGACAUGGAGCGUCGCGGAACACGUCUUCAAGAAGCUUUGGUUUAUUGGCGGGCAUUCGUGGCAGACUGCAACCGGCUGAGCAUUGGCCACGCCGACGACCACGCAGUUUUCCUCCAUGACCAGGAACACGCUUCCCACGAUGCGGCUGCAAGGCGUGAUCAAAAAAUUGCUCGGCACAAGAGGUGUCAGGAACUGGAUGCCAAAGUCAACUAUUUGUUUGCCAAGAAGCGCGAAUGUUCUGGGGAUGAAUAUUUCUGGGGCGCUGGUAGUGCAUUUGAUGAGGAGAUGGAACGCAAUCUGAUCAUGUUGUUGCUGCGCAGAGCAAUUGCUUCAGUGCCGGAUAAUGUUGCUUCAGCAGAACAAGAAUUGCCCUUGUUAGAGAUGAUGGUGGCGCGGGGAGGUCCUGGUCAGGAAGCAAGAAAGUCAACGCGUUCCAUUCGGAAACCUGCUUGCGUGCGAAUUCAGGACAAAGCAGAACUGCAAAGACUAUACAGGGAGAUGGUUUUCCAAUGCCCGCAUCCUCUAGCCACAAUGUCUAUAGAGGAAGCUGCAGACCUGGAGAUCCAGGAAAUGCAAGAGCUCGAGGCUGCACGCGCAAGGCGACAGCUUGAGGAAAGGGCACGGGAAGCUGACAGAUGGUGGGAUGGAGACCGGUACGGAACUCAAGAAGAUUGGGAAGAAACCCAAAAGUUGUACAAGGAUCGGGAUUUUGACGAGUUCAAAGAUGACCACCCGUGGGGGUCUGGAAACAAAAUGGCAAAUAUAGGAUAG